CAAAGAUCACGUAGCAUUGUAAAUAUUGUCUAACAGACCGUCACCAUGUACACCACCCUCCACGUGCUUAGUUGCUUAUUGAUACCCACACUAACAGCUGCAAUUUCGGUAGUUCCAGAAGAGAUCCGGAUGGAUUGGGUCAGUACCGCUGAACCCUUUCGAACAGAUUGCGAAUGUGAAAGUGGGAUAGCACCGGAUUUGUCGCAGCGAGUUCUGUCAUUAGCUGAAUUUCCGAACGACUCUUGUCUUAAGUGUUAUAUGUGCUGCCUCAGUACGAAUUUAAACCUGAUGAAUCCAGCGACGUACGAACUCAGCGUAAAAGAGUUAGUACGUCGCGUGGCAGGAGUCGACUAUGUGAUAGCCACCAAAUGUGUAAAUGCGACCAGUGGUCUCAAAAAUCCGAGUGAAAAGGUUUAUCAAACAAGUCUUUGCAUUGUAUUUUCUCUAGUGCAGCCUCCCAUUUCAAUUACUUGAAGCGUUUCUAUCCUCUUUUCGUGUACUAGUCAUUUCUUAAUUAAAUAUUUCAUUUAUGACGCAAAAA